AUGAAUUCCUUUCUCAAGCGUAUUUCUGCACCUGUUCAAACAUACACUCCAAAGGAAUCAUCAUAUAAUGUCAAAGAGAACAACAAUUUCUUAGAUACUACAGAGGAUUUCGUAAAUGCACAGAAGAAUAAUUAUGUUCAGCUGCCUAACAAGUAUAACAUUCUACUAUCUCAAAUGGAAGAGAUUUUUGCAAUAUUUGCAUUAAAAAGAAAUUCUCAAUCAUAUCCAAAAUCAAUCGAAUUUAACAAAUUAAGAACUGGUGUUGAACAAGGCGGUCAUUCUUUUACACAAGAGACACUAGCUUCAAUUUUAUAUCUGAUUCCAAAAAGAGAACUUGUUGCAAAAUGGGUUAAUGAUGCAAGAUUAAAACGAAUCUACAAACUUAAAGUGCUUCUAAUGCAAAAGCCAGCUGUUGAUGAAAUACUUAAAGAAGCACGUCAGACUUUGACAUCAGCAUUGAUAAAAAAUCAUGAUCAAUGGUGCCAAAGAAAUAAGAUAAACGUUCCUCAAGGAAUAACAAUUUUACAUCCUAAUUUUCCUUUACAGGAACAAGUACUUAUUCCAGCACAGCAUAUCCCUCCAACACCUCAAUCAGGAAAUAUUGACCAGUUCUUCGUUCAAGAACGAAAACAGUACGAAGAGAUCCAACCAAUGAUAGAAGAGAAAAAAGCAAGAUUUUUGUCUGAAAAUUCAGCAUUUACCACAAAUAAGAAAAUUAUGGAUCGCUAUGCAGAUAAACAAGUCAGAUUUGCAUGCUGGAAAGAAGUAUACGGAAAAGAAUCCGAAAAACAGAAGGAAUCUGCAACUCUACUUUCAUUGAAUAAGAUUAUUCGUGAAACAUUCGUUUCUAAGAAAAAGACGGUUCUUAGAUUAUCAGAUCUUUUUGAUGGUAUUAGAAACCACAAACAAUAUACGUCCGCAACUGAUUUCGACACGAUUAAUGGUCUUGUCGAUAAAGUUGUUGAAAAAUCUAAUGGAGUUUAUGAGCUAUUCACAUGCCAAAAAGAUAAAUUCCUCCGCUAUAAUUCGAAGAGACAACUUGGAGCUGUAA